AUGAGCGGCGGUGCGUCGAGCGGGAUCGGCGCGGAGACGGCGCGGGUGCUGGCGGCGCGCGGGGCCCACGUCGUCAUGGCCGCCAGGAACCUCGCCGCCGCAGAGGACGUGCGGCAGGCCGUCCUCGCCGAGACCCCCGCGGCGAGCAUGGAGGUGAUGGAGCUGGACCUCUCCUCCCUGGCCUCCGUCCGCAAGUUCGCCGACGACUUCGCCGCCAGGGGACUCCCGCUCAACAUCCUCAUCAACAACGCAGGGGUAAUGGCGACCCCUUUCUCCCUCUCAAAGGAUGGCAUCGAGAUGCAGUUUGCAACUAACCAUGUCGGGCAUUUUCUGUUGACACAUCUUCUGCUGGAGACCAUGAAGAAGACCUCUCGUGAAUCAAACGUGGAAGGAAGAAUUGUUAAUGUUUCGUCAGAGGGGCACAGGUUUGCAUACAAGGAAGGCAUCCGUUUCGCCAAGCUAAAUGACGAGGAAGAGUAUAGCACCAUUGCAGCAUACGGGCAGUCAAAGCUUGCCAACAUUUUACACGCUAAUGAACUUGCCAGGAGAUUUAAGGAAGAGGGUGUUAACAUCACUGCGAACUCUCUGCAUCCUGGAUCUAUCAUCACGAACCUUCUUCGCCACCACAGCAUCAUAGAUGUCAUGAGCCGGACGCUUGGUAGACUGGUGCUGAAGAACGUCCAGCAGGGGGCUGCGACGCAGUGCUACGUGGCGCUGCACCCGGGCGCGAAGGGGGUGUCGGGGAAGUACUGGAGCGACAGCAACCUGUACGAGCCGAGCGACAAGGCCAAGGACGCGGAGCUGGGGAAGAAGCUGUGGGACUACACCCUCGACCUCGUCGUGGCCUGA